UAACGCUUCCCGUGCUGUCCACAACCGGAGGUGGAAACAGCGGAGGGAAUACAGCAAAAGCCAUGGUAUCUGAUCAGAUCUCUCAGGCCGUACUAUCCACUUCAAGCCUCCUCCAUCUCAUGGAGCAAUCCUCCCCUUCCCAGGCCCAACUGACAAAGCUGCCAAAGAACCUUUUGCUAAAAACAUCUACAAUAAAGAAUACUGGACAGUUGUUGGAGCAGAUGCCUCGGGUGAUUUCAUCCCUUGAUGCAUAUAUGGAAAACGGGUUACAAAGUGUUCCUUAUUUCAACUUCCAUACUUUUCUCCUCCCAGGAGCGUGAGGUGGAAAAUGCAAAAGUGGGCUAAUGAUCCCAACUGUGUACCAAUUUUGCUGUGCGUUGGCCAAAGUUGGAAAGAAACAUUCGGAGUUCUUGUUCAGAAUGGUCAGAGUAGAUUAUAUGUUAUCUCAACGUACAUAAACACGCUAUAGAAUUGUGCCAAUAGAUUCAACAUGGAGUAGAUGUCUUUCUUU